AGAGAGGCAGCGCGCACAGCUGGAUGGACAGCUGCGUCUCGGAUGGGAAUUUUCGAGAUUUUCUUUUCAAGUUUGCCCCCCAAAAAGAAAGCAGCGGUGGGACUCGCGCUUCACGCCCGAGGCGGUGUCAAUAAAACGGGCUGGAGUACGAAGACGGCACGCGGCGGAUCGUUUGACGACGACAAAAAAAAAGAGAAAGAAAAAAACUGCCGCAUUUUGAAUGAGUUGGGUUUGAGAUUUUGCGAGCAGUCCAGAGAGCCCAGCUGAACGCAGUCAUGAUGGAGUCCAUCCUAGACAGCCUGACAGCUGACAGACUCUAUCCGGCCGGCGGCACCAACCUGUUGGACCUGGAGGAGCUCACCGACGGAGAUUUCCUCACUAACGUGCCUUUCUCAGGUGACCAGAUGGACGACUUCAGCAGCGAAUUAUUCAGCAGUUUUUUCGAGGACCACCUAUUAGAGCGGCCCCUCCUGGCGGACAGGCCUUCACCUUUACACAUGGACGUAGAGGACAGCAGCCCAGAUAUUCAAGCAGAGCACAGCUACUCUUUAAGCGAAGACUCCGCCCCCCAGAGCCCAGCCCUGUCAAUCAAAAUGGACCAUGAGUCUGAGUUCGAGUGGAGCUUCAGUCAGGACCUCUCGGCCAUCUUGGUGAAGCAAGAGGAGCCCGAUGUGGGUCAAAGGUUAGACCCUCAGCCUCUGGAAGGCCCGCCGCUCAUAUUAAGCCCCGCACCCCCGCACAGAGGGUCGCCAUGGAAACGCACGGAGCCCGGCCAAGACAGCGGGAAGCCAGUCGCCAUCAAAGAUGAACCCAAAGAGACCGGACAGUACCUCAGCCUGCCCAGCGACGAUGCGCUCCAGCUCCCGCCCACCCCUCCCAGCAGUAACCACGGCGACAGCGACGGCUCCCUGCCUCCGUCCUCCCCACACCUCCCCCUGCCACCGUCUUCUCCUCAACCACAACAGAGGCCAGGAGGUCGGGCCUCCUCCUCCUCCUCCAUCUCUUCCACAGCCAUCUCUUCCUCACCUCUCCUCACUGCCCCACAUAAGCUGCAGGGUUCAGGACCCCUCCUGCUGACAGAAGAAGAGAAGAGGACCCUGGUUGCCGAGGGUUACCCAGUGCCCAACAAGCUGCCUCUCACGAAGAGCGAGGAAAAGGCGCUGAAGAGGGUCCGACGGAAGAUUAAAAACAAGAUCUCCGCUCAGGAGAGUCGGAGGAAGAAGAAAGAGUACGUGGAAUGUCUGGAGAAGAAGGUGGAGGGCUACACGUCAGAAAACAGCGACCUGUGGAUAAAAGUAGAAAACCUGGAGACGGCAAACAGGUCUCUCCUUCAGCAGCUCCAGAAGCUUCAAUCUUUGGUGUCAGGAAAGAUCAUGCCCCGCUCCUGUAAAAUGGCCUCUACUCAAACCGGGACAUGCCUCAUGAUGGUGGCCGUGUGUUUCGUCCUGGUGCUGGGCUCCUUCUCCCCCUGCCUCUCCCCCCUCUCCUUGCUCACUCACACCUCCUCUCUGUCUUCAUCCUCCUCCCCCCCACGUCCGUCCUCCCCAUCCCCACUGCCUUCGGCGGACCUUUACACCACCAGUCAGGUUCGUUCCCGCAGCCUGCUCUUCUAUAACGAGGGGGCUCCUUUGGAGGAGAUUUCUGUAGCAGCAGAAGAGGGGCGGCUACAGUCAGACGGCGCCGUCCACGCGGGCCGAUACACCGAGGACGCCCACGGCGGCAAUCGGACGACCGGGCCCGAGUCCGACCGCAGAGAAACAAAACCAGAAGGGGCUUCCGCGUCCUCUGACGCCGCCUGACGAGUCCUCCCACGACCUCUGACCUCUGACCCCUGAAACAGGCCGAAGAUUCCUCAGUCAAACUGGACCAGAGUCCGGAUGAGCGAUCCCUGAAUGCUCCAAAGCCACGACAGCUCUGCCACACCUCAGAUGCUUGAUUUUAAAGGGGCCCUCUGAUUGCAAUUUCAACUUUUAUGCAUUCAAAUAUAGCAUCUAUUAAUAUUGAGUUGAAACAAUUAAUGCAGAAUAUUUUAGAGAUACAAUAUAAACUUAAAAGAAUACAGAAGCUAUUUGUAGCAUGUUAACAAAAAUAUCAGUGCAAACUAGUGGACCUUUGCCAAAAGAGUUUUAUCUCAUCUCAACGUGACAGACCUGAUAUUUAGCACAAAAAAAGAGCUUUUGUGGUCUUAAUGGGCAACACAGAGCGAUACACACUUGCACCUGUUGAGAACACAUGUAUAUGGAUACUUGGCGGACCUUCACUGUGGGAGAUUGUGUUUUACUUACGCCAUUUUAUUUUUUUAACCAGUCAAAUACCGUAUGUCGACUAAGGGCUGCAACUAGUGAUUAGUUUGGACAUUUUUGCGAUGAAUCAAUCCAUCUUCACAUAGAACUAGAGAGUUUGUACUUUUCGUGAUUCAUUUUCUGUCCGUCUAGACGGGUAAUCGAGUAAAAAAAAAACUAAAUCAUGAAGUCAUCCUUCUAAAAGAAAGCUGUGCCAUUUUAAAAGUGCCUUCCACUUCAGAAAUAUAGACCGAGUUGGCCUUAAAGCUGUAACCCUGGAAACGUAAAUAUAUUAUUUUAAAUUAAAUUUUCUGCAUCCAAAUUCAGUAUCUUCAAGGGGCCGUUAAAGGGGUCCAGACAGAGGUUGGGAAACAUGACAUAAAAGUAUUUUUAUGGAAUCAAAAAUUGCAUAUGUAAUAUAUUUGCAGCAUCAAAAAAAGAGCAUAUUUUAUUUAUGCAACAAAAAAAUUAAUACCGAAUGUGUUUUCAAAAGUUAAGUUUGCCAUUGUCUUGUUCUGUUUUUCUAAAUAAUGUUUACAAAAAAACCCAAAAUACAACUUAUAAUAUAUUCAGAGCAUCAAAAAAAGAGCAUAUUUAUUUUAUGCAAGAAAAAAAAAGUAAUUGUACGUUGUGUUUUUGCAUUUAGGAUGAUGAAGUUUUACAUGACUGUGUAGUUGACAUGCUGUUUCAUGGAGUGUGAAACUUUGUGUCUUUUAACUGUAAUAGAGUGUUUAUGUUUCACUGCUGUCGCAUGAAGAACAAGAUUUUGUCCCCUCAUGAAUUAAAAAAUGUCAUUAGCUUGUACAAUUUAACUGAAUCCAAUCUGACACAACCAAAUCACAAAUAACCUGCAGGAUUUUAAAUAAUCCAAACAGACAUUAUUUAGAUAAUUUCCUGUCAUAUAUUAAAACUAUUGACUCAAAUGAAGCAGCGGAGGAAACAUCUCAACAUGGAUGUUGAAUGGGCUCAUGUGACAGCAGUGUAUGUUGUAUUUAUUGUAGAAAGUGUGUAUAUAUUGAUGAAGCCAAUCAGGGGACUUAUACAUUCCAGGAACUAAAUCACCACUAGCUUUGUUAUCUCCACAAUUUGAAGGAACGCUGGGACAGUUAGUCUUUACCACGAGUCCGACAAUGUGAGAAAAGAAAAAAAUAAUUAAUUGAACCAGUAAAUUAAAUAAUUACGAUUCAGAAUGAUCAAAUACUCAGAAAUUCUUUUUUAUUUUUUUUUAAAGUUACGUUUUUCCUCAUUCACCACUUUAUCCGUUCGAUUGUGUGUCCCUCAAACUGUGUAAAAACAUCAUGUGACUGCAGCCGUAGAACAGACGUCCAGUCAUUCUCCCCCAAAACAGUCUACAAGCACCGUUGUACAUAAAUAAUGACGACCUAAUGUGCAGUUGUUGUAAAUAAGGGCCUUGUUGUUGUUUUACUGUGACAAAGUCCAAGAUAUUAACCUGUGGAAGCACUUCGAAAGAAAAACAAUUGAUAGAAUUGUUUGAUUUUUGGGGAAAGUAUGUGUAAAGAGUAAGGGAAGGGGGGUUGCCAAAAAAGCGAGGGGAACUUUUCCACUUGUAAAAAAACUUUGAUAACACAGCAGCUGCACACAGUUCAAAUUGUUGUAAAAUGGGGAGCUCUUGAUUAUUCUGACGUCUUCAUGAAUAUGUUUGAGCAGAAAUAAUCAAGCGCUUUCCAGGAACUCAAGUUAUUUCAAAUGUGUUUGGUUUCAACGUUGUCUUGGUUUGUUGUAUAGCGUCUUGCAUGUUCCUCCAUAUACAACUAUGUUAUCUUAGUGUAGUCCGUAGAGUAGAAAAAAGCAAAAUAUAAAAAACCUGCAUCAGCAA